GAGAGGAAGAGAGAGAGGGCUUCUGUGUGUGUGUGAAGGGGGGGUUGUCUGUGUUGUGUGCAGAAAGAGACAGAGAGAGAGAGAGCUUUCGUGUGUGUGGGAGGGGGGUGUCUCUGUGUGUGUUGUGUGGGGGGAGAGGGAGAGAGAGAGCGAGAGGGCUUCCGUGCGUGUGCGUGUGUGUGUGUGUGUGUGUGUGUGUGAGAAACCUCCAAACUGCAAGCUCUCUCCCGCUGACGCUUUCCGAGACUCUCAAGUGCCAGCUGUCCGGACGCUCCUGGGGGCGGGGGUGGGGAGUCUCCCUGCCGUUCACCUCUCCCUCUUCCCUCCCCACCACCCCCCGCCGACUCACCCGAAGCCUGAAGCUCAGCUGCUCGACUGCACGCGGCGGCGCAGCUGAACCCAUUCACUUCGAGCCAGGGAGGACAGCGGAAAGGGACUUGGAUCCGUGAACCAGGCCGACACCGGAAUGCUGUGAAGUCUUGGCGACGUGAUCGGCUGACUGGGACGAGGUGGGUAGGAAAUCUUCCCCCCCCCGCUCCCAACAACAGAGAUCUCAACGUGUCGGCAGUCCCACUCUCUCUCUGCCCUCCCAGAGCACGCUGCACCCAGGACUUCGAUUACUCAUCGCUUUGUGACCUCUCGAUGUUUCUCUCCUUUGAGAAGAAGAAAUCCCUGAUUUGCGUCUGAGUGCGGAGCGGACCAGAGUGGAGGAUGUCGGAGGGUUGGGAGGACUGCCCGGUGCUGCCGGUCGGCUGGAAACGCCGUGAGGUUUAUCGCCGUUCCGGAGCCACCAUCGGCAAGUCGGACACCUACUACAUGAGUCCCACCGCAGAGCGAUUUCGGAGCAAGGUGGAGCUGGUCAAGUACUUUGGGGACGCGCUGGAUCUCACCUACUUCGACUUCAAGAAGGGCAUCAUCCUGCCCCCGGACGCCAAGAUCCGGAGGUCAGUGAAGAGGCUCAGCACGUCGUCCUGCGAGGUGGACGAGGAGCAGCGGGACCACUGCCACACCCCCAGGAAGAAGGCCAAGGCCCCCACAACCCUCAGCCCCGCACACCCCAAGGCCGAGAAGGUCAGCGAGGCGGAGGGCUUGUCCGCAGAGCCCCUGGACACGUUGAUUGCGUGUUGUGAAGGCUGUCAGCAGUGGGUUCCGGGAGUGCUGUUUGGCCCUAGAAAGAGGCGCCUGCGGUUCUAUUGCGCCGAGUGCAGAGCCAAGCGCCGGGAACUCGGGAGGAGGUUGAACUACUACAAGCGUUUCGGCUGCGGCGAGUGUGAGGGGUGUGCGGUGGCCGAGGACUGCGGCGUGUGCCGGGGAUGCGUCGCCAGGAACUCGGAGAGCGGCCGGAAGUGGAAGUGCGUCCGGAGGCGGUGCCAGAGACUGAAGGAGCUAAAGGCAGAGGCACUCUGCAGGAGAUCAUCAGGGGAACCAAAGAAAAAGAUAAAGUCGCCCCUCCGUGGGACGAAGAAGGCAGUGACGCACAAAGCAGCCCCGGCAGACGUCACGUCUGAAGACAAGGCUGGUGCCCAGUGCAAAGUCCCAACGAAAAAGAUCCCAUCUCACCAGCAACUGGAGAAGAAACCUCCGGUGAGGAAAAUCUCCCACUCGGGAUCCUUGAAGAAGGUCAAGACUGACAACGCGGCACCAAAGGCUGAGGUGGUCGAGGAGGAGAAACCCGCGCCGAAACCCUGCCCACCGCUGAAGGAGGAGCCUGUCCCGGAAAGGCCGGACACUCCCCCUGCUGAGACGGCGGACACUCCCCUCCAGUUCAUUCCACAUCCACUCCUGGUUUCCGAAGACCUUGUUCAUUAUUAUAGUGUUAAUUCUGAAUAUCUACUGAAGGGCAGCCGGAGCCGGCGGAACAAUAGGAGCUGCGGGGAAUGCGAGGCAUGCCUGCGCUCCACCGACUGCGGCAGCUGUGACUUCUGCAAGGACAAGGCCAAGUUCGGCGGCGCCAACACAUUGCGGCAGAAAUGUCGCUGGAAGCAAUGCCUGUGCUUCGCCUCGAAGCGGCUGCUGCCUCGGGAGCUGCUGGCGCAGGGCCAGUGGGCGGACUGGAAGGAGCCGGGCUACCGCAGCAGCCGCCGGCGGUGGAAGGAGAACGCCUUCGCCAGCCGCAAGGUGGCGCGCGCCAUCCAGGCCGCCAGGAAGAGGAAGAUGUGGCAGGCGUCGGCGCAGACCCCCGAGCCCGGGGCUGAGGGACCCCCGGAGGAGCAGGCGCCCGGGGUCCAGCAGGCGCUGACUGGCAGAGAGGAGGAGCCCUCGCGGCCACGCACCUCGUCUACGGAGAGCGGGCGAGAGGUGGCGGGCGAACGAGUUGUAUCCAGCCCAGUGGAGGAGAGCAGCGUGAGAGAGAGCCCCCGCAGGUCCCCGGAGCUCAAACCUCCAACCGUGGACCAAGCCUUAAACCUCAAGAAGUUCCUGUCGGUGAUGAAGCCGUACCUGAAGGGAGCCUCGUCAUCCGAGUCCCACGAGCGACCGUCUGUGAUCCGAGAGACCUCGGAGUGGCAGCUCAGCAGCGAGCAGAGGCGGCCAGCGGAAACCACAGUGCUUCAGGCGUCAGCAAUCUCCACUCCUGCCCAGCGGGAAACUCCGGAGCGUGAACCUGAACGCAUUCCGAGUACAACGGUACUUAAAGAAGCGAUGAGUGAGGGGGAUGCACCCUCACACCGAUCUGUUUCCCCUGUCGUCAAACAACGGGACCCAAAGGAAAAGCCGAGCAGCAGGAAGGCAGUGCAGUGCUCCACAGGGGAGAGCGGUUUGAAUGGAAGUCCCAGCCAGAGCUUGUCUGCCCUGAUCAAGGAGGAACGCACGGACUCAAUGGGCAGCUACAGCCAGCCCGUCUCACCCAAGCGACCGGCAGAGACAGAGGCCCGAACCCCCGGAAUUCCGUGCAAUUCCCGGAUUGUCAGGCGGGAGAGUCCGGAGCAGAACCCGGGAUAUGGGCGGUCCCCUCCAGCAGCGGUUGCCACAGGUGAGUCAGCCCCACCGCAGAGCCCGGAGGACAGUGACAGUGGUCCCGAUGGCAACUCCGGUUUACCAGUGGAGGAAACCGGAGCACCCAGGGGAAACCCACGCAGUCACGGGGAGAACGUACAAACUCCUUACAGACAGCGGCGGGAAUUGAACCCGAGUCGCUGGCGCUGUAAUAGCGUUACGCUAACCGCUACAACAAUAAAUACUAAUUUAAUACAAGAGGGCGUGCACUUAAGGCAAGAGGGGAUCACACAGAUCUUCAGCCUGGGUUCGCCCUACAUGAUGAUGAGCCUGGAACCACUGUUGCAGAACUUCAUGCAGGACCUGAUGCUGUUGCCGCUGCCAGCCUCCUGGGUGGUGUGCUCCUCGCUGGGGCCCGACGUACAGCUCAUCCAGCUGUCGCGCAAGUCCCCGGUGUGGGAUGCCGUGGUGCAGAUCCGCCCAGGCUUUUUCUUCCACGUGUUGGUGCGGGGACUGGCCGUGCCCCUGGGCCACCGCCUGUACCGCAGCCACCCCGCCCAGCUCACCACCGUCGACGACGUGGUCGACCUCAUCAGCGACCUGGAGACAUACCGGGUGUGCGCCGGGUACCCCCAGCUCCGCAGCCUCAAGGCCACGCCCCCCGCCAUGGCCGCCCUCCUCCCCCGUGAGCGUUCCUCCUUCUGCGAGGUCCUGGUCGACAAGGAGCGCUGCUUCCAGUGCGCCGUCACCAUCUGAUUCCCCCUUUCCCGACUCCCUGGGGAGGGGGGGUUGAGGGGGGAGCGACUGUAAACACCGGAUGGCAGCGUUCCCCCAACACCCUGCAUCCCCCCUGUCUCCCACCCAGCCCUCGCCCUCCUCUUCCCCGCCUCAAUACAUGCCAUCGGGGAUUCCCCCCACAAGCUCCCACUAUCCUUCCAGUGUUGGACGCCGGGAAUUCUCCCCCUCCCGAGGCGAUCCCGACAGUGGGGAGGACCGUGGAGGAAAUGGCAAAGGGUUCCCGGCACCACCACCACCUCGCCCCCCACCAAUUUCGGAGGAGAGGUGAGGCCAGAGGUGGGUCGAACAGCUCUACCCCCACCCCACCCCCGGCCCCGCAUUCCCGCCCCGUCACUCCCUGGCCGGUCUCUUCCCGACUCCAGUGUACUCCUCCCUGUUAUCGCCGGGGAAUCUUACCCAGGAGGGGCAGCGGGGACUGAGAUUAUCCCACACGCAUCUACAGGUGUGGCCUUUAGUGCAGUCAUUGUUUGGGACCUCCCCUCCCACGGCACUCACUGCCCACCCCCCUCACUGCCUCUCCCACAGCGCUCCCUCCUCGCCGCCCCUCCCAAAGCGUGGAGCUCCCUCAUCGCCGCCCCCCCAACGUGGCACUCCCUCCUCGCCACCCCCCUCCCCAGAGCUUGGCAGUCCCUCCUCGCCGCCCCUCACACCCCAAGCCUCAAACCCAAGCAAACACGUAUCCAACGAGGCUGUUGGCGGUGGGGGUGGGAGGUGUGGGUGGUGGGGGGGUUGUCCAGAGACAGCGUCACUGUGCACUCUCCCCCUGCCCCACCCCCCGUCCUCCCCUACAGUCCGCGGGCAGGGAACCGGAGGUGGCGGAGGAGAGGGAGAGACGGCCUUCCCCCCAGCCCCACCCCCCACCCUCAUCACCAGCUCUGUCCUGGUGACCUGCAGGGAGGUGGGGAAGGGGGUGUUGACGGCAUUCCCCCCCCCCCCCCGACCCCCGACCGAAAGGAGUCCCUCCCCGUGACUCUGGGCUACGGCCGGGUGGAUCCCAGAGAAGAUCGGGGCACUUACUAACCAGAUAAACAUCGGAAAGGUAGAGACACUUUCUAUAGAGAUAUAUAUCCACACGCAGACCCACACACACACCCCUGGUAGGCUGUACACUUUGAAUGUAGGUUUGAAAAUGUAAAUAGUCCUCCCAGAUAUUUUAAUGUAAUUUGCCUACUAGCCUCACAGGUCAAAAGUUUAUAUUCCAGUGACAGUAAGUGGGGGCAAAGUGGUAAGAAUUUACCCUGUGUAGUUUUCCCCGACCAUCUCUGUUGUGUUCUUAAAUUUUUUUUUGAUGUUUUAUUUUAAUAAAAACUCUUUUUGUGUCUUGUC